GGGAGCUGCGCCGCGUCCGCACCGGGCCACGCCUGGGGCUGCGAGCGGGGCACCGGCACCGGCACCUCCCGGCCACGCCUGCGGCUACCAGCGGGGUACCGCCACCGGAACCCGCACCGGGACCGGGACCCCCGAGCCACGCCUGGGCUGCGAGCGGGGCACCGGGACCGGCACCAGCACCGGGACCGGGGCUCGCACAGGGAUCGGGACCUGCACUCCCGGGCCACUCUUGGGGCCGCUGCGAGCCGGACACCGGCAGCGGGACCGGGACCGGGACUUCCGAGCCACGCGUGGGGCUGCGAGCCGGACACCGGCCCCGGGAGCCGCUCCCGCGCCGGGACAGCCAGCCGCUCCUCUCCACGCUGUGCCACCUGACCAGGUGUCCCCAUGGAGUGACCCUGCCCAGGGGUCCCGGCAGCUGUGCCAGCCCGGGGGGACGCUGGCUGCCACCACCAGCAGCAUGAGUGACUUCUGGCACAAGCUGGGCUGCUGCGUCGUGGAGAAGCCCCAGCCCAAGAAGAGGAGGAGACGGAUCGACCGCUCCAUGAUCGGGGAGCCCAUGAACUUCGUGCACCUGACACACAUCGGCUCCGGAGACAUGGCUGCGGGAGAGGGGCUGCCCAUGACUGGUGCUGUCCAGGAGAUGAGGUCCAAGGGCGGCCGGGAGCGACAGUGGAGCAACUCCCGUGUGUUGUAGCGUAUUCCUGGCUUUUUCAGCCCAAACUUGAACUGCCUGAUCCCCCCGCUGGAGGAGAAGCCUUCCUGGAGUGCUUUAACCCCGCGGUAUUUAUGCAGCACCAUCCUCACCCAGCUCCCGGUGACUUUGGGUCGUCGUCCCUCUGGAAAAUCCCUCCUUGCUGGAGGCACUGGCUGGUGACACGGGGAGGGAGCAGGGACAGCAGCCCCCAGCUCCUGCCCCACCUGGAAAGGACACAGCCACCCCCCUGAAACGUGCCAGGAGCUGCCAGGCGCAGCCCACGUGUCCCAAAUCCUCCCAGUUUUCCCUUUUCCCACUCCCGUGUCUCCCAUGGGCUGCAUGGUGGUGCCUCAGUUUCCCCAGGGAACCAGUCAUGGUGCAGAGGCAGCUUUGAUGCCUCCCAGAACAUCACAGAGGAGCAAAACCAGGAUUAAGCCCCGAUAUUCUGGUGCCAAACCAGAGCUAAGCCCAAGAUGUUCUGGUGUCGAACCAGGACUGGAUGUCAAACUGGGAUUAAACCCCAAUUCUUUGGAGCAGAACUGGGACUAAACCCCGCUGCUUCGGUGCCAAACCAGGAUCCAACCCCAACGCUCGGGUGUCUCUGAGCCCACAGUGCCUCCAGCUGGCAUUCCACCGCCGCCAAACCCCCACCUCCCUCCUUUUUUUAGGAUCUCUUCUUAUUUUUAAGCUCCCAAACCCACCUGAGCAGCCUCUGUGGCCUCGGGCAGGACCGUGGUGGGGUCCCCUCCACCCAGGAUUGUCCCCAGGCCGGACAGGGCCUGACCUGAGAAGGGCUCUGGAAUUAGGUGUGGGUGUAUAUAGUUUAAUUAGUGCCAGGAUUAAAUAUUAAUUAGCACGUGCUGGGUGACAGAGCCUUUCCCCUGCCCUGUGCUCUGGUGGGAGCUGGGCUUUUCCAGCCCCGUUAGGGUUUUUGGGAAAAAACAUUCCACCCUUGAAAUAAAUGCCUUGUGCUGGCCCAAGGGGUGGGUGCACGAGCUGCCCCAGGCUCCUCGCUCCCUCCUCUGCUCCUGGAGCAGCCAAAAUCCACUGGGAAAAGCUGAAAUUCACAGCAGGCAGAGGCCACGACUUUCUAUGGCACAACCAGUUUCCUCCCGGCUGGGCUGGACUCGGGAGUGUGGCUGCACUGACACCCCCUCCUUGGACACCCCAAAAUGUUCCUCUGACCCACUGUAGAGGGGAUUGCACCCCAGGGAAAGAGGGGGUGCACCCCCAGCUCGAGUGGGGCAGCACCCCAUCCCUGAAUAAAAGCCAAGAGCCAAAACUGGAAGAAAA